AUGGCAAGGUUGAGAGCCGCUGCCUCGUCCUCUCCCACUAAACCGAACCCCAUUUCCCUGCCUGAGAGGUCAUCUCAAUCGAAUAAUAGACCAACCACUUCCAAGUUGUCCAACCGUCUCGAUUCGUUUGCUCAAUCACCGGCCUCGCGUACUGUUAAGUUUUCGACCACCAUGUCUCGAACAACGCCUGCAUUGCCUUUUGAGGUUGAUACUCUCGACCUUACUGAAGAUGCUUUACCCACGCCGGCUCGACUCUUGUCAAAUUUGAAAGGCCAAAAGAGAAAGAGCGAUGAACACAGGACUGAUACAUACAACCGCUCGUCUUCGAAAGCCCCUCGUCUAGAGACAAUCCAACAACCCGAUGACGAUGACGAUAGUUUCAUGUCCAUCGAUGAUUUCGUGGAUGAUGAACCAAUUGGCCCACCUCCUCCAUACUCCACCUUCAACCAUGGGCCCCCACCACAAGAAAGACGAGUCGAGCGUCAAGUGGUCGAUAGCGAAGACGAAGAUAUGGAAGACGUUCAGGAGAAUGUACCUGAGCCACGUCUACCUUCUCCCGUCAAGUUGAAGCAACAAUCGGUAUCCCCAAAAAAACCAUUGCAGACUCCCGCACUCAGACGUGUUGCUGAAUCCCCUGCUAUCGGCUCGCAAUCCCCUGGUCUUGCACCACUCUCCUCGAGUGAAGAUGCUCUUAUCAACAAGUUCCUGUCCUGGACCCAAGAAGACUUCGAGUCGAAACUGGCCGAGGCUGACAAUCGUCACGCACAAGCUACUGACGACUACAUGGCGGCCAUAGAGUCCCUUGAUAUUGAUGAGGUACCAGCUCAUAUCACUGAGGCCUAUGAGCGGGCAGGCGAUGUCGAUGAAGCUCUCAAAAGUCUGAAGAGCUCCAAGGACAGACUUGAUGCACUAGACUUCGAAAUGAAGAACAUCUCAGAUCUUAUGAGAAAAGCUCUACGUGCUCGGCAGAAACCUACCAAAGAGCAGGAGGAAAUAAAACAACUCAAACAACGUAUUCGCGAUACACAUACCGAUAUUCUGCCGCUUCUACAGAGUCUGGAUUCUGCUGGUCUCAUGUCCACUUUCAAGAAGCCUGCUGCUGUUGCGGUCAAAUCGACUCAAGCUGUACCUAGAGCGAAGACCGAGAUCUUGCGCAGCCCUGGCCCCGAAAGAAUCAAGCAGACUCAGCUACCUAAUGGCAGAAAUGUCGAAAGCUUUCCUGGUGUUGAGGACACCCCGCCCAGACCAGCGAGAAGAAUCAAGCCAGAACCAGAUGUGGAGGAUCCCAGUGUGAUGGAGAUUAGUCCACCUCGUCACUUUCCUGAAAGGAACGUCCGCCAUAUCAACAACCACAAUGCUCCUCUUUCACCAUCAAAGCGCAAUAACACAACUUCGACGAGUCGCCAAAUCUCGACAAAACCAACAACCUCGACUAGAGAUUUUGCCCAACCUCACAGACAAAGUGACAAGGAGAACUAUGGCGUGCCUGACGAAUUUGACGAGUUCGAGGAGGAAGACGAGAGCCUCUUCAGCAAUAUCAUGGGUACACCUCCAGCGCAGGUCGUUGAUGAAGAAAACUACGAUGAUGAAUUUGGCGACGACGAAGAUCUCAUGGAACUUGCGACCGAGUUUGAAGAUCACUCCACUUUCCAUGGCGUAUCCCGUCAGUCUCACGAUCGAUCUGCCAUUGUCCCGAUUUCAAAUGCCUCAAAGUCACGACCAAAGAAAGCCACUCCUGUCAAAAGACCAAAGACGCUCGAUGAAGAACUCGGAAACUUCCCAUGGACGAGAGAGGUCAAGAAGGGACUUACUCAGGUUUUCAAACUGCCUGGAUUCCGAUUGAACCAAGCCAACGCGAUCAACGCCACACUUGCGGGUAGACAUGUCUUCGUGCUUAUGCCGACUGGAGGUGGUAAAUCUCUAUGCUACCAACUACCAGCGAUCGUCAAGUCAGGGAAGACGUCCGGCGUCACUCUUGUCGUCUCACCAUUGCUGAGUUUGAUGGAAGAUCAAGUCUCGCACUUGCGAGCGCGGAAUAUUCAAGCAUUUUCACUCACAGGCAACACGACGAUGGAGGAGCGCAGGGAAGUCACAAGUACCUUCACGAAACCCAACGUACAGGAAUUUGUGUCGCUGCUCUACGUUACGCCAGAAAUGUUGAACAAGAGCGGCAUGAUGAAAACUGCCUUCAAAGAUUUGCACCGUAGGGGCAAGCUUGCGAGGAUUGUCAUCGAUGAAGCCCACUGCGUCAGUCAAUGGGGGCACGACUUCCGCCCUGACUACAAAGAACUUGGUAUGGUUUUGAACGAAUAUCCUGGUGUGCCCAUCAUGGCCCUCACGGCUACUGCUACCGAGAACGUCAAAGUCGACACCAUUGGCAAUCUUGGUAUCAAUGGAUGUGAUGUUUUCUCACAGAGUUUCAACCGUCCAAAUUUGAGAUACUAUGUCGACAGCAAGCCCAAGAAAUCAGCGCUACUUGACAGGAUCCAAGAAAUCGUCGAACAAGAACAUAGGGACGAGUGUGGUAUCAUAUACUGCCUUUCGAGAAAACAAUGCGAAGACGUUCAGAGGGAUUGGCAACGAGGCGAAACUAAAAUAAUCGUUGCAACCAUUGCGUUCGGUAUGGGAAUCGACAAGCCAGAUGUUCGUUUCGUCAUUCACCACACGAUCCCCAAGAGUCUUGAGGGAUAUUACCAGGAGACUGGUCGUGCUGGUCGCGACGGCGCCGCUUCCGACUGUUAUCUGUUCUAUGGUACUCAUGACUUGUUCACGCUACGCAAGAUGAUCGAUGAGAACGAGAGUGGCAGCAAGGAACAGAAAGACCGUCAACAUGACAUGCUUCGCAGAGUUGCCCAGUUCUGCUUGAACAAGACAGACUGUCGUCGCGUUCAGGUCCUUGCCUACUUCGCAGAAAGUUUCUCGAAGGAAGACUGCGACAACUCUUGCGACAACUGUAACACAACUGAAGAGCUGGUCGAAGAGGACUACACUGAGCUUGGCCUUGCUGCUGUCGACCUUGUCAAGGAGAUCGCCUCUGUUCGUAAUGUCACCCUCCACCAAUGUCUUGAUCUAUUCCGUGGUACUGGUCGUAACCUCGACCCUGAGGAUAAAAAGGCCGAGAACUUUGGUGCGGGUAAGGAUCUUGAACGAGAAAACGUUGAUCGUCUGUUUGGUCUUCUGUUGGCUGAAGAUGUCAUUCGCGAGUUCUCUGUGUUCAACAAAUCAAAAUUCGCCAAUCAAUACAUUGGACUUGGGCCAAAAAGGCACAUGUUCGGACAUGGGCAUGGCAAGCAGAAGCUGAUGCUCUACGUUCCAGUAGCAGCAGCAGGUGGGAAAGCCACCAAACGAAAGCCAAAGGUUGCGACAGGCACUGGCGUUAAGGCCUCCAAAGCAGCCAAGAAAGGUCAACAGUAUCCUUCCACCAAUAUAUCCUCUCCAGUUCAAGCAGGACCGAGCCGGAAGCGCGGCGGGCUCACCCACAAUGGUUACGAGCGUGACACCUUUAUCGUUGAUGAUCCUGACGAGGAUGAGGACUACGCUCAAUCUGAUGACGAAGAGGAUGAGGACGAUUGUUUUGAGCCUCUUCGAACAGAGGCAACUUCUGGCUCUCGAAACCAGAGAAGGCUCGGAGAACCGAUCACUAGGGACGAAGCUCUUCAUAAUCUAGAUGAUGUCCAUCAGGAUGUGAUUGCGUCGUUUGUUCAUGAAGCCAAAGAAAAGAUGAAGCAGCUCAUGCAGAAGAAAGAUUUGCGCCAACAGCCAUUCUCUGACACAAUGCUGCGCGAGAUGGCCGUUGACUACCACGGUACAACCUUGCUUCCUCUGAUCGCCCAAUUCAAAAAACAACUCGACACGAUGAUGCAAGGCUCAGAAGACGUGCCAUACGAUCCUAAUCACGCCACAGUCAUCUAUAUCGAGAGCGACGACGAGAAGGACGACGAUGACGACGAAUUCGGAUACGAUGGUGGAUUCAGUUCCGAGCCCGAGGCCGCGAGUCAAGAAAGAUCCUCCUACUUCAAACCCAAUGCUGAGCGCGCCUCCCGUGCCGGGUCUGGUGGCGCUAAAUACGGUGGUAAGAAAGGAGCUUCCCGUCGGCCGAGUUAUGGCAAGGGCAAGUCCGCUGCUGGAGGAACGACCAAGAAACGCGCUCCAGCUGCAAAGAAGCAAAGUAGUAUUGCCGCUAAGUUCUCGUACAACAACGGUGCCGGCCCAUCCAAGAGAGGGGGGAGGCGGCGGUGGCACUCUAGUGGAAUUGGCAUGAUGCCUCUCUGA